UGUUCAUCUUUAGAUAAAACACAGACAGAUUUGUGUGUUUAUGAAGCUUAGAGAUCUAUUACAAGUUGGGUAAAAUGGUAGUUGAAAAUUCGAGCGAAACUCCACCAAUUCCAGCAUCGAUACAUGAUAAGCGACAGAGAAAACAGGCCAUUGUCAUCAGUUUACCUAACGAAGAUGAUAAAUUUGGAACAAUUUGUGAAGAAGAAGAAGGUGGUAAUGGGUCUGAAGAUAAGGGUCAGGAAUCUGGUAUCCGUAUCCACAUUACAGCCCCAGAGGAUGACUCUGGUGUUGAUACGGAGACUGGCACACCUUCCCCUCUUCAAACGGAAUUUGAUAAAGACAAGGAAGUAAGACCCGCCAGAUUCCUUGUCCAUCCUGUUUACGAAAAGAGACCCCAAAGGUUCCGAAAAAUCUCUUCUUAUUCAGCUGAUUCUGAACACAGUGCACCAUCAUCUAAUACUGUUGUCCCCAGUCGUAAAGGAUCCACAGUUAUGAUACAUGAACAGCCAGAAGUUAUACAGGGAUAUGAUAAUUAUCUCUCUGUAAAUUCUAACGAAGGGGGUUACCAUUACCACAACGAACAUGUUGCGUCAGUACCAAAACAACAUCGUAUAUCGGUGUUCUCUUGCUACAGUCAAGCUAGUCGAACCAGUUUCCAAUCUGAUCGGACGUUCCGUGAUAUGCAGGAGGCGCUUCCAAGCGCAGAUCAUUACCGAGAUGCUCAUGGGACAUUUUACGAUUUUAAUCAAAGACCAACAUUGUAUCAGUUAAGAGAAAAACAAGACAUUAUAAAACCCGGGAAAGGUAUAGGAGAUGAUCUAAAGGAUGAUGUCGAAGAAGGUAAAACAACGCCACCAGCCGAUAUGGCUAAGAUGGGGUGGAUUCAAGGUGUUCUGAUACGAUGUGUGUUGAAUAUAUUUGGUGUCAUGUUAUUUCUAAGAUUAACAUGGAUAACAGGCCAAGCUGGUAUCGGAUUUGCCUCCCUUAUUAUACUACUGUCAUCGUUUGUUACUGCUAUAACUACCAUGUCAAUGUCCGCCAUUUGUACUAAUGGUGAAGUUAAAGGGGGAGGUGCUUAUUACAUGAUAUCAAGAAGUCUUGGACCAGAAUUUGGUGGUGCUAUUGGAGUAGUGUUUUCUUUAGCUAAUGCUGUAGCAGCUGCCAUGUAUGUUGUAGGGUUUGCCGAGACAGUUCGAGAUCUAUUAUGGGAGAAUGGUAUUGUACUUACUGGUGAUCAACUACACGAUGUGAGAAUAAUAGGCUGCAUUCUAUCUGUAUUUAUAUUAGCUGUGGUUUUAAUAGGUUUAGAUUUUGAAGCAAAGGCACAGUUAGUAUUAUUGGUUAUAUUACUAGCUGCUAUCGUAAACUAUUUUGUGGGGACUGCUCUACCACCAACCCAAGAUCAAAAGCUGAAGGGAUUCGUGGGUUACUCGGGCGAUUUAUUCAAGAAAAACUUUCCACCAGAUUUCAGAGGGAACAAUAAUUUCUUCUCGGUCUUUGCCAUUUUCUUCCCUGCGGCCACGGGUAUUCUUGCUGGUGCCAAUAUUUCUGGAGAUUUAAAGAACGCGUCAAAAGCUAUACCAAAGGGAACUUUCGUGGCUAUAUUUUUAACAUCUGCAAUAUAUCUGGGUAUGGUGUGGUGUAUUGGUUCUACAAUGCUAAGAGAUGCUGUAGGGGAUUUACCAGUGAAUGACGAUAACGUCACAGAUUUAUUACUUACAACUGAUUUAAUAAGUCAGUGUAGUAAUACAACUUGUGGUUACGGUCUUAUUAAUGACAAUGCUGCAGUUGGAUUGGCAUCGGCAUUUCGCCCUCUGAUUCUAGCGGGAAUAUUCUCUGCUACACUAUCAUCAGCUCUGGCCAGUAUGGUUAGUGCACCUAAAGUAUUUCAGGCUUUAGGUAAAGAUAAGUUAUUUCCCUUUAUUCACUAUUUUGCGAAAGGCUUUGGAAAAUCAGGAGAGCCAAAGAGAGGUUACUUCCUGACUUUUGGUAUUUGUAUUGGUGUAACAUGUAUAGGCGCGCUAGAUAUAAUAGCUCCUAUUAUUUCAAAUUUCUUCUUAAUGGCCUAUGCUCUCAUAAACUUUUCUUGUUUUGACGCCUCAUUUGCAAACACACCAGGAUUCCGACCAGCAUUUAAGUUCUAUAAUAAGUGGGUCAGUUUAAUGGGAUCUCUGUUAUGUGUUGGAGUGAUGUUUUUGAUCAAUUGGUGGGCAGCUCUAGUCUCCUUCGUCAUUAUUUUAGCUCUAUAUGUCUACUUAAAGCACAGAAAACCAGAUGUAAAUUGGGGUUCAUCUUCACAAGCCCAUGCCUAUAAAGACGCUCUGCAGACAUCCCUUAGAUUAAUGAAUGUUGAAGAACAUGUUAAAAAUUUCAGACCUCAAAUUUUGGUGUUGACCGGGUUCCCAAGAAACAGACCAGCCCUUGUAGAUUUUGUUUCAACUAUAACAAAACGCCAAAGUCUUUUAAUCUGUGGACAGAUAUUUAUGGGUGAUAUGUAUGAGCAUGUUAACAGAUUAAGAUCAACAGCCGCCUAUAACUGGUUUAAGAAUAGAGAUAUUAGGGCUUUUUAUACGAGUGUUGUAGCUCCUAACCUGAGAUAUGGGUCACAAGUUCUUCUUCAGUCUCAAGGUAUGGGUAAACUAAGACCUAAUACUUUAAUACUAGGUUAUAAAAAUGACUGGCAACUAGAUGAUCCUAGGGCAGUUGAUUGUUAUUUUAACGUUAUUAGUGAUGCGUUUGAUCUUCAUUAUGGUGUGGGUAUAUUACGUGUAUCAGAGGGUUUAGAUGUACACAAAAUACCUGAUGAAUAUUUAGAUAAAACAGACGAUACCAUCGAAAACCUCAUUAAUAAUGAUAGUUCGGAUGAAGACGACGAAGACGAUGAUGAUGAAGAUGAGGUCGAUGCUCUCAGUGGUAGAAUUUCUGAUACACAAGUACCAGAAGGAGAAGGAAUAGUUUUACAAAAAAUUACCAAAACGGAUGGUGGUGCUGACAACCAUACAUUCCAGGCGGAUGACUGUAGCUUUGAAAAUGAAAAGGAGGGAGUCGACAUAAAGAAAGAUUACCCGGAAAUGAAAUUAAAUGUUCAUGAAUUGAAAUUAACAGAUUUUGAGAAAGAACAAAGAAAGAAAUAUUUAAACAUGAAAUCGUUCGAUGAAGACAAGGCAUGUAAUAGGUUUAAAGUGAAACAAGAAGGAACUAUCGAUGUUUGGUGGUUGUUUGAUGAUGGAGGUCUAACAUUAUUGAUACCAUAUAUACUAUCAAAACGAAAACAGUAUAAAUCAUGCAAACUACGAGUGUUCUGUGCUGGUACAAAGAGAGAAAAUCUGGAGGAGGAUCACAGAAGAAUGGCAACAUUAUUGAGCAAAUUCCGUAUCGAAUUUAGCAGCAUAACUGUUAUACCAGAUCUUAAAAGAAAACCAAAACGAGCAAGUUACAAGGAGUUUGAGGCUAUGAUAUAUCGAUGGAGAUUAGGACCAGGUGAAAGUGAAUACGAUUACCCCUGGAAAAUAUCUAACACCGAUUUAAUGACACAUAAACAAAAGACGUACAUGCAGAUUAAACUGAGAGAGAAGUUAUUAGAACAUUCAUCUGAAGCGGCAUUAAUAGUCAUGACCCUUCCAGUUCCAAGAAAAACAUCGUGUCCAGCCGGUUUAUAUAUGGCAUGGUUGGAGAUGUUGACUAAUAAUUUACCACCAACACUUCUACUUCGUGGAAAUCAACAAAGUGUACUCACUUAUUUCUCUUAAUCCAAUAUUAGUUUACUUUACUGUAUAUACUGUACAUAGAUUUAUUGUAGUUUAGUUCAGUAGUAAUAUAAGUAGGUAUGUUUUAUUUAUUUACAUUUUUUAACUGGACCAUAAAAUAGUCACAAUAAUCACCAGCAAUAAAUUGUGGGUUUUU